GUGGCUUCCCAAUACCGUCAAAUGUUGUUGCAUAUUACCUUUUGUGUAAUUGUCCAGAACGGACAGAACUGUUACACAUUGCACAGCUGCUGCUUUUUUGUAGCAAAAUUAAGUGUGAAGCCAAAUGAAUACACAAUCAAAAUAUAAAAUCAUUACAAUGAAAAAUUAAUUCUGAAAAUAUUUAACAUAUAAAGCAAGUAUUUAAUACCUUUGUUGUUAUUUUUAUGGGCGUUUUUUUAAUAUUUAUAAAAUAUAUUUAAUGGGUAAUAGGUGCAUUCUUUUAAAUUGUACUUGCACAUUUGAAUUAGUGGAGAAGAUUUUAAAAUAUCACUUUUGCAUUAUAUUGAAACAAUUUGGCUUUCUGUUUAACUUAUUUCCACAGCAGAUGACAUGAAUAAUAAAUGGUGAGCAAGACUUCAUCAUUGACAUAUCUGCAGAGUAGUUAUGUAUCAAAUGUAAACAAUGCCGUGCUGAGCGUCACUCAGGCUGCUUGGAGGCUGCUGAGGAGAGUCUGUGUAAUGCUGGUCAUGGCACUGAAGGUGAUGCUGUCUGGGAAUGACUUCAGGAAAUCUUUGCCUUCUAUGUAUGUGAUGAGCUUGGGAUCCAAGGGCACAGAACCUGGAUGGAAUAUUGAUUACUUUAAACGGCAAGUAUGAUGCCAAUUUCUUACAGCAUCAUAUGUCUUUUUAAAUUGAAAAAAAAAUCACAGCUGUUCCUGAGUACCAUAAAUAAGUACAGUAGAUAUACGUACUAGCAUACAUUUCAAAGCUAAUAUCUCAAGAAGGGUAUGUGUGUGGUGACAUCUAGUGGCUGGAAGCUGACAUUACAUCUCACCGAGGAAAACCGAGCCUGUGAGUUUGGCCAACUCUUCACCACCACCUUUGGAGAAAAUAUUGCUGCAUUCCUAACAAAGAGAGAGAGUGUUACAUUAAAUAUAAAUUAAAAAUCUGUGACAAAGAACUAAAAAGGUUAACUCACGGAACAAUGUGGGCAAACAAAGCCGCUCAUGUUUUCUAUGAUCCCAAGGAUCCGCACUCCUGUUUUCUUGCAGAAAGUGACCUCUCGUCUCACAUCCCCUGUUGAAACCGCCUGAACAGAAUAAGAAUUUCAUUGCGUAGUAUAACUACCUGUUUUACUGUGCAUAUAAAAUCUUGAACAACACUGUCAGAAGUUGUCUCAUAAGAUGUAUGGUACGGUUGUGUACCUGGGGCGUGGUGACCAAAACAGCCCCAUCCACUUGCUUGUGCUUCUUGAGGUUCUCCAAGAUGGCCAAAUGCUCAUCAGAAGUCCCCGGUGGUGUAUCCACCAGCAGCACGUCCAGCUCUCCCCAUGCAACAUCUGACACGAACUGGCCAAUCAUAGCUAAAGAGGCAACAGACAAGCAUGAAAGUUCUAUUAUCCAUCAUAACAACGUUAUGGAUACCUGUUUUCUUGGGGCCUCUCCACACCACAGCUUCAUCUGGAUCCUCCAAUAGGAACCCGAUGGACAUGAGAGCGAGGCUUUUCUCUGCAUCGGCGUAGACUGGCACCCACCCCGAGUCACACUGGUGCACAUCUUGUCGACCCACGCUCAGCAUGCGUGGAAUACUGGGGCCACACAGGUCCACGUCUAAGAUGCCAACCUGGUGAAGUUUCAAUAACCAAGACGAUGUGCCGCACAUGGGCCAGGCUGCCGUCUACAACAUAGACGCAGGAGUCAAUAUUACUAUGUUUUAAUGAAGACAGUGGAGUACCACCGCGACACGAGCUACGUCUCGUUUUGUCACCUGACAACAGAAGUUCCACAAAAUAUUACAGGGUCAACUAUGGAACCUCGUCACUCAAAUUCAACCUCCUCCCCACAAAGAUAUUAUCCAAUGAGGUGAAGGCGGAGGCGUGGCCAAGUAAUGUUUACGUCUGGCCUGCAGAGCUUGAGAAGUGGGCCAGCACCUGUCACAGUGAGGUUGGAUACACAGUAGUGGCACACUGGCAGUCCAAUGAGCCACUGCAAGACAGGGUACAAGAAGACGUCAGUCAGAGUUUCCAUGCUGAGAAGAAGAAGGAGCAGCCGGGCUCGGCAUUUGGCCUGCAGUGAAAUGCGGCGUGGGACCGAUUCCUUGGUGGUGAUGCCGAUAUCGGGCGGACGGGAAGACUGGGAAAGCCAGAUGACAACACAAGUAAGCGAGUCUGAGGUGGAUCACCUGGAGACCUCACAGGCUGUCUCUGAGGUGACGGCAGAGGCCGACGAGGUGGUUGAGGCCCCACCCAGCCUGGUGCCUGUGGUCGGGGAGUCUUUCUGCCAGUGUGUCGGAGAAGAGGAGCUGAUCGCAGGCUUGGGCAUCACCACGGAGUGCCUCUGUGGAGAGGAGGACAACGGCUUCGAAUGGGUGUGGGAUGACAAGGUCAAGUCCUCAGGCGUGUUCCUCAGCUGCGACAACAGGAAGGUGAGCUUCCACACGGACUAUAGCUGUGGCACUGCCGCCAUCCGAGGCACCAAGGAGCUCAGCGACGGCCAACACUUCUGGGAAGUCAAGAUGACGUCACCGGUCUACGGCACAGACAUGAUGGUGGGAAUAGGAACAUCAGAGGUCAACCUGGAGAAGUUCAAAUAUAACUUUGGAAGCUUGCUUGGCCACGAUGAAGACAGUUGGGGGCUUUCUUACACAGGUCUCUUCCAGCACAAAGGGGACAAGGCAACGUUCUCCUCGCAGUUUGGCCAAGGCUCCAUCAUCGGAAUGCAUCUGGACACCUGGCAUGGUACCUUGACCUUCUACAAGAAUCGACGCUGCAUAGGUGUUGCUGCCACCAGGCUGCAGAACAAGAAGUUGUACCCCAUGGUGUGCUCCACAGCAGCUAAGAGCAGCAUGAAGGUGAUCCGCUCCUGUUACACGCCCACCUCCUUGCAGUACCUCUGCUGCACGCAGCUUCGCCAAAUGUUUCCGGCCUGCCCUGAUGUAAUAACUGCUCUGGAGUUACCCCCGGGCCUGUGCACCCUUCUCCGCACACAGCUUGGCUGGGUGUUCUCCAUCACUAGCACCACCACCACCACCAGCAGUAGCAGCAUGGAAGCUUCUGACCAACACAGUGACUCCACCGAGGACGACACAAGCCUCCCUUCGAGCCCCAGGCUCAGCGCCUGCAGCUCGCAGGGUCCCUGCACCAAUCUGCUACCUGACGCAGUCCUGCAGCCCUGCCCCCGUUUUAUGUCACCUUGUACUUGCCAGUGCCCCCCAACUCCCUCCAGCAGUGACUAUGAAAGCUGCUGCUCUGAGCCAGAAGAUUACCAGAGUAAAAGAUGUCGCUGGACAUGAAGUGCACCUUGAAUCAGGAAGUCAGUUGUGGCGUUUCCUGUUGGAAAUAAGAUGGUCAGUCAUUCGACUGUUUAUACCUGAACUUGCAAUGGCAAAUACCAUGUUAACCUGAAGACCACCAAGGUUUUACAAAAAUAUUUUUAAGACAAAAGUAAAGACUGCUGUCCAUGGUGUGUGUGUGUGUGCGCGCACACGUGACAGGAAGAAAAGCUCAGACUCUUGUACAACUCUACAUUCAGUAAUAUAACAGAAGACAGCUGACUUCUUUCUAGGGAAAAUAUAGCAUCCUAUAUUGGGUCAAUACAGUAAUAACUAGUCCAUCCCUUCAUGAAUGUUUUGUAAUUAUUGUAUAAGGCAUACUUAACAAAUUAGAUGAAAAACAGGAACAAGAGCUUUUUGAUACUACACUUUUUGUACCUGCUACGUUUAUGAACUUUCUUACUCAGGCAAUCCAACAAAAUAAAAGCCUACAGACAAGAGCUGCACAUUUAUAAAUGGAAUCAUUAUUAAGAUGUUACUUAGAAGAGCCCAAAAAAAGAGACUCCCUAAUCACUUGAUCUGUGUCAGUUCUAUCAUUGUGAACAUAGUGCUGUAUAUUUGUAGCAUAAUGACACCAACAAUCCACUUUAACAAGUCAUGGUAACCUAGCAGCCCUUCAAAUCAGUCCAGGACCAGCUCAGGGUUCUGUGUGGUGAAGCAGCGGUAAACUCUGGCAGAUAUCUCCGGCCCGAUCCGCCUGUCUUUGCCUUCGCUCUUUACUACGAGAUCGGCCAGCAGCCUCUUUUUGUCUUCCUCCGAGCCUGAGGCUUGGUAUGCCUAAACCGCAACACAGAAAGUCAGCAAGUAAACACAAUUUCAUGUUUGUAUAAUGAUGUCAAAUUGAAAAGGAACUGUAGAUAUGUCCUGCGUAUUCCAAUAAGCUGCAAUAUUAGCUUUACGAGGACAGUAAUGCUUAUUAUUGUGACUGGAGUUGCCUCGCACUAAAAGGUGCUUCUUAUAUUGUGACUGUAUAGGAGCAGCCACACCAGAGAUGCCCAAACAUUUUCCGCCGAGGGCCACAUACUGAAAUAUGAAAGGAUACAAGGGCCAGUUUGAUAUUUUGUAAAGGAUAAGCUAAGAUGUUAAAUAUACUUCAAGAAAAAAAACUGCAUCUCAGCUUUGUGAUAUAGAUGAAAAAGUAUUUUAUAAGUAUUACCUUACUUUGGUCUUUGCUCUUUUUUUU